GCCGGCCCAAAACCCAGUAUCGGUGGUCACCACUCCAACAACUUCUAAGCGCCCAUAUCUGUUGAGCUUUGUAGAAUGUUGCUCAAAGAUAUAUAGAUACAAUUGUAUGACCCGUAACUAAGAAAUAAGAUUUUACAUUAAACAAAUUUGCACAAUUAUCGCACUGAAUCAUCAAAAUCGAACAAUCGAACAAUCGAACAAUCAUGUCUACGCCAUUCAAAGGCCAGCAGGAAAAAAACUCACAAGCUCCCUCCGGUACCAACGGUUCGAGGAGUUCGUCAGCACAAAACGCGAGUGGCACAUCAUCUCGUACAGUAACCGCUAGCCCAUCGAGUCCCGCAAAGCGUGGUGAUGUGAAAGAGUCCAGCCACCCAUCCCGGACAAAAGCGGCAAAUGCAUCAAAUUCCACCAGAGAUGGCGGCAACAACUCCGAUCAUGGCAACCAUUCCAGCCACCAUAAAUCGAAAGAUUCGUCGUCUCAAGCUACGAAAAAGGAUGGCAAGAAGCCAGAGAGGCCAGAACCGAAGCGCUCAUCUACUAGGGAUCUCUUAUCGAACCUCACUUUAUCGCGAUCCGAUGAUGAACUCAUAAAAAAGUAUAAGCACCUCGAACAGAAACACAGAGAGCUAGAAAGCCAAAGGCCGGAUAAUAUGGAUUGGGUGAGAGCUUCUAUGCAGGUUGACCUGUGGGAGGGCACAUACAAGAAACAACAUGGGGAACUCGAUCAGCUAAGAGUGGAAAGACCAAGAAACGUCGAAGAGAUUGAUGUGAAAAAGCGCGUGUUACAGCAUUCAGAUGGGAAACUCGAUGCCGCGUGGGAUACAUAUGAUAAGGUGAAAACUAGAGAUACCCAAAUUGUUCAACAACAAGAACCUAUCCUUGACAGGAUGCCAGGUAGUCACCCAUAUAAGAUACGGGUUCUGAAAGAGCAGGAGAAGGAGAGAGCUUCGAAUGAGAAGUAUAAGAAGAAAGCGGAGAAGGCAGAAAAGGCAAGGGAGAAUGAAAGAGAGAGGGUUGAGCAAGAGAAAGAAAAGCGGGAAAAGGAAAUAAAAGAGAAGGAUGCUGCCAGGUGGCGUCUCAAGGAGAACAGGCAACGUCUUGACGAGAAAGCUGAAAAAGAAAGAUACCCAGGGAAGGUGGGAAAAUUUAAGUCCCCGCAAGAAAAGGCAGAGGAGAAGGAAACAAAAGAGAAGGAUGCUGCCACAUGGCGUCGAAAGGAGAGCAGACAACGGCUUGACGAGAAAGCUGAAAAGGAAAGAUACCCAGGGAGGGUGGGAAAAUUCAAGUCCCCGCAAGCCUCAAGUUCUCAAUCCUGAACGAAUUGAAGUUUCUCAAUCCGCUCGAUAGCAAUAAAAUAUUGGUGUUUAAACCUCCUUCUCAUCUGAACGAUAAUCCAAGAUGUAAAAAUGACACGGGGGCAGUCUAAGGGAACAAGCAGAACCUCUCUUCUACUCUUAGUAAACUAGGCAAGGAUGACCAAUUAGA